UGGGCCUCGGUGGCCUCCAAUUUUUUUUCUUUUUUUUCUUUUUAUUUUUCAAAACUAACCCCCCCAAAAAGAAUGGCACAACACCAAAAAGAAAGCCCUGCUCCUGCAAUCAUCAACCCUCUACGUCUCCAGUUAUAUAUGCAAGAAUUACAGGAAAAAGAGGAAGACAAAGAAGUGGACCUCAGAUCUUACGAACCUGACACCCCAUUGCCCUUAACUGUCACUUCCAGGGUAUUGUAUAUGUUGGGAGAUAUAACAGCAGGUCCGGCGUAUCGUUUCAGCCAAUGGUUGGAACUGGUUCGUAAACGGAGCGGGAAAAACCGAUCCUCUGGCUUCCCUAACCGUCCCAACAGGCUCGUCAACAUGCCUUCUUGUGCAGAAGAAUCAUCCACUGAUUCACAGUCCCUUCCCUCCGCUGAGCAACCUUCCGAAAUAAGUUUGUGGGAUAGACUAGGUAAAGCAGCCAUUUUGGACAUCGAGUCAAUCUCUUUUUCCUGGGACAUGCUAUCUUCACUUCACCAUACUGAGCAUAGCAGUAGCGCUGAACAAUCUGAGGAUGAACAGAAUAAAGCCCUUGAGGUUACUGUAAAUUCUGGAGGAGUUGUUUUCUUUGCAUUAUUCAACCAGCCUAUAUUUGAUGAUAAUUCUCUGAAGGAAGCAGCAGCUGUUAUAAAGUUUUCAUCUUCAAGGAUGGCCACACAAUCAGAACGCCUAGGUUAUGAGUUUGCAAAGUGGCUAGGGAUUCGUACUCCUCAGGCUCGAGUAGUUCAUAAUUGUAGCCCAGAGUGGCUCCAGAUUAAGGAAGCCGCACAAAAAGCAAGAGUUACAGCAACCCAAGAAGGAGAUGAAGUAGGUGAAGUCACAUGUUCAGAGCUUCUGGAGGCACUAGAACUUAGCCGAUGCCUUUUGCUGAUGAGUUAUGUUCAUGGAUUGCCUUUGUUGGAAGGCUCAAGUGCAUUUGAUUCAAAGGAGGCUGCAGAAAGAACUGCUGCAGCUUUGGGUAGGGUCUUGAUGUUGGACCUUGUCAUUAGAAAUGAAGAUAGACUUCCCUGCCGUCAACUAAGAUGGCGUGGUAAUCCUGCAAAUUUGUUGUUAACAGACAAAACAAGCUCUGCAAAUAUUGGCUCCUUUGAUGAAGCCUUUGACACUGCAAUCAAACGAUUCCGUCCAAGGGUGAUUAGAGCUAUUCAAAAGGAACGAAGGGCAUCUUCAGUUGACUGCAGAUUAAGCACUCAUAGUCCAGGAUUGACAUCACAGAGCUCUGAUCUUUCUGAUAUUAUAGAAUCACCAAGAUCUAGUGACAUGAGCCUAGUCGGUUCUUCAUUCAGUGAGUCAUUCCAUUCUGAUUCCUAUAUUGUGGCUAUAGACUCUGGUGUACCGCGUCGACCACCUAUAGGAAAACGUUCAAAUGAUCAAGUAAUGUAUCCUAAAUUGGUUGAGUUACUUCUCAACAGUUCUAGUUACUCCUCCAACUUGUUACAUGAUAUUACAUGUGGGAAAUUAGGAUCUGCCCCGCCAGAAGAUACUGAAACAACUGAUGUACAAGGGAUGGAAGCGACCUCAGUUAUUCAGGAAUUUCGUAGUGGAUUCCGUGCAGCUUUAAGGGAUCUGCAGGGAUUCCAUAUAUUCCUGCUGACACUUCAUCAAAAACUAGAUAGCUUGUUACGCCAAUUUUUGAGUAUUAUAAAUAAGACAACAUCAGGGGACUUUGACAAGGAGGAUUAUACAGUUCCUGAAUCACCAUAUACUCCUUGCCUUGGAGGAGCUUCGUUCCCAUUUACUCCAACUAAGGAGCGAAUGCUUAGUGAUAACCAAGCAGACUGUAGUGAUUCAGAGUCACAGAGAUCAGCUCCCAAAACAUCAUCUUCAGGGCACAGAGAAAGCCUGGACUCUAGUUCUCCUGUGUCACGAGAUGGCUGGCAUGGAAAGUUCUACAAAGGUAAUGGAGAGCCACAUAGGAGCUUACGUUUGACGGCCAAGCUUCGAGACUUCAAUAAGUUUGCCAAGGUUGAUGCGGAAUCAAGCAAAGAGUUGGAGCAAUGGAAUGAAAUGCUUAAAAAUGAUGCUGUUAAACUCUGCCAGGAUAACAAUUUCAAUACAGGAUUUUUCGAGGGUAGUGAUAAUAACAGUGUCGUAGAUGCUUAUGAAUUGAAGGUUAGGCUUGAGCAUAUUCUUGACAGGAUAGCAUUGAUAUCUGAGGCCGCUAACACAGAGAAGCCAUCUUUAAUUACGAGUUGCUUGUUCAUUGGUGGAGCACUUGCUGCGAGAUCUGCUUACACACUGCAGCAUUUUGGAAUUACUCAUAUAUUGUGUUUGUGCUCCAAUGAAAUUGGACAGGCAGAUUCUCAAUACCAUGACCUAUUCGAGUACAAAAACUUUUCCAUAUAUGACAAUGAAGAUUCAAACAUCAGCAGUAUCUUUGAAGAAGUUUGUGAUUUUAUUGAUCACGUUGAACAAACAGGUGGAAGAGUCUUAGUUCAUUGCUUUGAAGGGAAAAGUCGGAGUGCCACAGUAGUGAUCGCAUACCUGAUGCUACGGAAGAACUUAACUUUAUUAGAAGCAUGGAACUCCCUCAAGCGAGCUCAUCGUCGGGCCCAACCAAAUGAUGGGUUUGCAAGGAUACUAUUGGAUCUUGAUCGGAAACUGCAUGGAAAGGUUUCAAUGGAAUGGCAUCAGCGAAAACCAAUGAUGAAAGUAUGUCCAAUUUGCGGGAAGAAUGCUGGUUUGAGCAGCAGCUCACUCAAGCUUCAUUUGCAGAAAGCACACAAGAAGCUAUCUUCAGGGAGUGUGGACAGUGCAAUGACAAUGGAGAUACAAAAAGCUUUGGAUGCACUCAAAAUAAACCGUGGUGGGAGUGUAAGCCCCACACAGAGACAAUCUCACUCGGUUAUGGACCAGUAACAGUCUGUCUAUAUUUGGUUAUUUUACUUGGAACCAAAUCUCUGCAGUUAUUAGUAGUAGUAAUCUUGUUUUGUGAGAUCACCAUCUCAAAUGGCGAAAGGGAGACAAGUUGGUUUUUUACAGAGUUAUUUGCCUUGUUACUGCAGAGCAGAUCAAGACUGGGUUUUAAGUUAAAUGUUUUUAGAGUGCAUUUCUGUCAUUGGCCAUUGUCUUCUUUCAGCAAAAAUAAAUGAAAAGCCAUUUCCUUUUUGGCAA